GCCAAUAGACGCGUUUCGUAUUGUAUCGAUUGGUUUGUGUGUCUUGAGGUUCUUUUCUUUACGGUUUCUUGUUUCGGUUUUUUGUUUUUUUUGGCGGCUCGCGACAAUAUUUGGAUUUAUAUUUCGAUCACGUAAUGGUUUAUCAAAUGAAUGAAUUCAUCAAAUCAAAAUGCUCAUGUUGAUGGCAUCCAUUGUGAAUCUAGGAUAUAUGAGAGAUUAAGCGAAACAAAAGUGCCUUGUGAUAUCUAAUAAUAAUGUGAAAUGUGUUUUCAAGUUAAUAUAUAGGUAUACAUUUUGUGUUUUUUUUGGUUUUUGUUUUUUGCUGUGGUACUUUUAUUUGUUGUUGUUGUGGCCAUCAAACUGUCAUUUAAUUGUAAACCUAAUCGACGAAGAAUCUGCGCUUUUGUUAUUGAGAGAGAAGAACGAGGAGAGGAAGAAGAAGAAAAAGAUACUGGAUAAUUUCAAUGUGUAUUGAAUUCAUGUUUUGCGGCAUUUGCAAAAGAGUAGCCUAUGACGAAGACAAAUGGAUCAGAGUGGCGGUUUAGAGGUCAGCAGCAGCAGCGAUGGCGUCCCAGAUGUCGGCGGCGGCGUCAUCGGAGGAGGAGGAGGAGGACAACCAACACAAAUUACCUCAAUUGAUGGCUUCUUCAAUCGGAAACGUGGACGACCGCCAAAAAAUCGAUUUGUCGAGGUCUACAAGAGUGCCCAACAUUCACCGCAAGCCAUAUUCACCAGCUUCAAAUUGGAGAGAAAUGAACAAAAUCUUGGCUCAACAACAACUACAACGAUCCUAGUCCCUAACGAAAGUGGCUUUAUGGAGGAUCCAGUAACAGAUCUCACCUCACCUCCCAAUUCCAAUCGUAGUCGUAAAAAAUGCCGCCUAACAGAGACAACCCGAUCCCAGGUGAUGGCACAUGAGAGGCAAGAGCAAGUCCAAGGAUUUAGCAAGGAGUCCACGGUGACCAUGGAUCGUUCUCCUUUAACACCACCGCAAACGAUCUCACCUGCCUUGCUUAUGGCGCCCUCAAAGAGAACAUCCUGCAAAAUUUUAGAGCGUGUUUCAGUUGUUCGUGCAGCUGGCACAUUUUAUCCAGAGAAUGCUACCAGCUCACCGGCCAUGCCAAGUCAAAGCUUGCAAGAGACAACACUUGCUGAUCAACCCGAAGAUCUAAGCAUGCGUCCGACACCAACAACAACAACAACAGCAACGAGUCAACCAAUUUCCCAUCACAACCCACCAAGAACACCACCAACACAACCACAAGCAAAUCAAGGAAAUGGUCUUAAUCUUGUACAAUUUAAACAACUUAUCGAUCUAUAUCAGCGGCAAGUUCUAUUGCCUAGUUUUCUGGCUGCUGCCAGUCAAUCCCAAAAUAAUCCCAUCCCAUCGAUGGAUAUGCGUUUACUACUCGAGAACGCAGCCCAACAGAAGCUAAUGUUAAUCAAUGCAGCAGCAACAGCAGCUGCUGCAGCAGCGGCGGCUUCGGCGGCGGCCACGUCAAAUGCACCCAACCAGACCCUUACUCAAGUUCCGGCCAUGCCAAGAGCCACAACGAAACGUACACGUGUCGAGGAUAUACCAACGGGUUAUCUUAAAUUUCGCUUCAAUGAGGAUUGCAGCUUUGAGCAAUGUGGCUAUCGGAAUCAUCAAUCACAUUUCCAUUGCAAUCGUCGGGAUUGUCAUUAUAGCUUUUGCGAUAAGACUCGAUUCGUUCAACAUACAGCACGACAUGAACGCAUGGAUACGCUAAUGGGUGAUGAUUUCCAGCAAUAUCGGGCCAAUAUGCAAUGCGGCAUGGCCAAUUGUUGCUAUGCGACAGCAACAGCAACAGCAGAAGAUUCAUUAGAUGCCGUUGUUCACAAGAAAUCAUCGCAUUUCCAUUGCCGUAAAUGCGAUUACGUCUGCACCGAUUCAAACAAAGUGGUGGCCCAUCGACGUUUGCAUCUACGAUUGGAAUAUGUACGGGCAGCUGGUUUCCGUAAAGUGGCCAGCAAUGAGAUAUGCGAUUCGUCAACGACCUGUUCCUAUGCUCUACGACAUACACACUACCAUUGUGUCACCUGUGAUGGCAGUGUCCUAUCUCGGGCUCAAUUGGCUUCACAUAAACACAGGACGACGACGACGACGACGACGACGGCGACGACAACAAUGUCAAUGGCGACAACAAGCUCAAUUAGCAAGGAUUUGUUGAACGCAGAUGACAAGGAGCAGGGCAUCAUCGGAGCAACAUCAUCAUCAUCGUCAUCCAACUCUCAACAUAUGGCCAAAUGAUUGGAACUUGAAGACUUAUCCUUAAGAUUAGUACACCUUUUAUCUGGCUAUGAGUGUCAACAUAUACAUAUACAUACAUAUACAUACAUAUCUAAGUAGUAGAAAUUGCACAAAGGAUUUAAAAAUUGUAAAGUGAAUGGAGAAACAAAAGAAUAAAAACUA